AUGCGCACGCCAGACCCCUUCGGGGACGAGAAUCGUUCGCCUUUGAAUCCCAAUCCUCAGCACAUGAACAGCUACAACGCCCGAACUCCAUCCCCAGGACAGGCCUAUCAGCUGGAGGACAACCCUUACGCGCAACACUCACACAACCCAUACGGCGAUCGUUUGCAUAUGCCCUCGGCUGAUCAGCUUGCCUCUCAACCAACCUACUCCGUCGAGAAUGUGCCACACUCUGGCUACCAAAAUCCUUACGCAGACCCCACCCAUCCCGAUCGCCAUGAAGACUAUGCAUUUGAUCCCAAUGCUCAUCAUGACGCCUACCUCCCUGGCGAGUAUGUGUCGCAUCCGCCUCAGGCCUAUCACGACGAGUAUGACUAUGACCUCGGCCAGCAUCCUGAAGGCCCUUCCCCAUAUGAUGAACACGCUGGUGCUCCCAUGUUGGAGCAUGAGAAUCCUUUCGGGCCGGACCCGCAUACGGAGGAAUUUGAAGAUGAGCCGCGCCCAACGCCUAGUCCCGCUCCUAUUCGACGCUGGAAGACUGUCAAGGAAGUCCAAUUGUUCAACGGCAAUCUCGUCCUCGACUACUUCUUUGACGAGCGAUUCACAUUGCGCCAGAAGCUCUUCGCUAAGCCCCGUCACACCGAGCUUUUCAUCGCGGUCACUAUGUACAAUGAGGAUGACUUCCUUUUCGCACGUACCAUGUCUGGUGUUUUUAAGAACAUCGAUCACAUGGUGUCGCGUACCAGCAGCAAGACAUGGGGCAAGGAUGCGUGGAAGAAGAUCGUGGUCUGCAUUAUCAGCGAUGGUCGUGCUAAGAUCAACCCCCGUACUCGCGCUGUGUUGGCUGCUUUGGGUGUCUACCAGGACGGAAUUGCCAAGCAGCAGGUCAAUGGUAAAGAUGUCACGGCCCACAUUUACGAAUACACGACCCAGAUUGGCUUGGAAGUUAAGGGUACUCAAGUUCAUAUGAAGCCACGCUCCGGGCCACCUGUGCAGUUGAUAUUCUGUCUAAAGGAAAAGAAUCAGAAGAAGAUUAACUCUCAUCGGUGGUUCUUUCAGGCAUUCGGUCGGGUCCUAGACCCUAAUAUCUGCGUUCUCCUCGAUGCCGGUACUAAGCCCGGUAGGGAUUCUAUCUACCACCUAUGGAAGGCCUUCGACAUUGAGCCUAUGUGCGGUGGUGCCUGUGGAGAGAUCAAGGUUAUGCUGUCACACGGUAAAAAGCUUCUGAACCCCCCUGGUCGCCGGUCAAAACUUCGAUCUGCAUUUGGUUUCAUCUCCGUCUUGCCUGGCGCCUUCUCGGCCUAUCGUUACGUUGCGUUACAAAACGACAAAAACGGUCAAGGUCCUCUCGAACGAUACUUCCUGGGCGAGAAGAUGCAUGGUGCAAAUGCUGGCAUCUUCACAGCUAACAUGUAUCUGGCUGAGGAUCGUAUUCUUUGUUUCGAGAUUGUCUCGAAGCGAAAGUGCCGCUGGUUACUGCAAUAUGUCAAGUCAUCCACCGGCGAGACCGAUGUUCCCGACCAAAUGGCCGAGUUCAUUCUCCAACGUCGUCGUUGGUUGAACGGUAGUUUCUUCGCCGCCGUUUACGCCAUUACCCACUUCUACCAGAUCUUCCGCAGUGAUCAUAGUUUCCUGCGCAAGUUCGCUCUCAUGAUCGAAUUUAUCUACCAAACGAUCGCGAUGAUCUUCGCGUGGUUCGGUAUCGGUAAUUUCUUCCUGGUCUUCCACAUUCUGACAACGUACCUUGGUAGCGAUGAGCUUCUAGGCACGGCUGGAAAAAUAUUGGGCAUCGUCUUUGAAUGGCUUUAUCUUGCAACUCUGGUCACUUGUUUCGUCCUUGCUCUCGGUAACAGACCCGGUGGAUCUAACAAGUUCUACAUGACUAUGGUCUAUUUCUGGAUCUUCAUCAUGAUAUACUUGUCAUUCGCGGCCAUCUUCGUUACUGUGAAAUCCAUUCAGACGGAAGUACAAACCGAUGGGUUCACGGUCAGCGAUUUGUUCACAAACAAGACCUUCUUCUCCAUCAUCGUGUCACUUGGUUCGACCUAUGUGAUGUGGUUUGUCGCGUCCUUCAUCUUUAUGGACCCCUGGCACAUGUUCACCUCGUUUAUCCAAUACAUCCUGCUGACCCCGACCUACAUCAACGUCCUCAACAUCUAUGCCUUUUGUAAUACCCACGACAUUACCUGGGGUACGAAGGGUGACGACAAGGCCGAGAAACUGCCAUCCGCAAACCUGAAGCCUGGCGGCAAGGUUGAUGUCAACAUUCCCCAGGACGACGGCGAUCUGAACGCGCAGUAUGAAGCCGAAUUGACGAAAUUUGCCACCAAGCCGCCCAAGGAGGUACAAACUAUUAGCGAGGAAGAGAAGCAGGCCGAUUACUACAAGGGAUUCCGAAGUGCCGUCGUGUUGGCAUGGGUGUUCUGCAACUUCGCCCUGGGUGCCGUUGUGCUGAGCGCAGCUGGUCUGGAAACUUUCGAUGAUACGACCAGCAGCAGCGACAGCGAGGAUACUACCCAGACCAAGAAGUCACUCAUCUACAUGGAGGUCGUCCUGUGGUCUGUGGCUGGUCUAUCGAUGUUCAAGUUCUUUGGUGCGAUGUGGUACUUGGUGGUUCGGAUGUUCCGAGGUGUUUAG